UUCUUCAUGUCGUCUGUGAGGUCAUCCAGCUCCGCGCUACUGCUCAGCCUCGCGCUGCCGCUCGCGGCGGGUUUCUCCGCCACCGCGAGGCCGCAGCUGACGCGCGGCGCUCUGGCCAGCGGCUUGAGCCACGCCGCGCCGGCGCAGCUGGGACGCACGGGCGGCGCGUCGAUGCUCGCAGACGGCUUCGCCUCGCUGCUGGCGGAUGCUGCCAUCCUGCUGCCUGACGACGCUGCCGCCUCGGCUGGCGCCGCAGCCGCCGAGGCCGCGCAGGAGGGCUGGUUCGACCUGAUCGUCAUCCGGCCCUUUGAGUAUGCGAUCGAGCAGCUGGCUAGCGUCGCCGGCUACGGCCCCGCCAUCAUCAUCUUCACGCUCGGCAUCAAGCUGCUGCUGUUUCCGCUGACCAAGCAGCAGAUCGAGUCGACGCAGAAGAUGCAGGCCAUCGGGCCGGCGGCCAAGGCGCUGCAGGAGAAGUACCGCGACCGCGACCCCGCCCGCCUCAACGUCGAGCUGCAGAAGCUCUACCAGGACAAUGAGGUGAACCCGCUCGCCGGCUGCCUGCCCGCCUUCGCGCAGAUCCCGCUCUUCAUCGGGUUGUACCGCUCCCUGCUGCUCCUCGCCAAGGAGGACAAGCUGGAGCAGCCCUUCCUCUGGCUGCCCUCGCUUGAGGGACCUGUCGCCGACUACCAGCAGGGCAUCGGCUGGCUCACGGAGUGGGUCAACGGCGCCCCGAAGUUUGGGUGGGCAGACACGGCCGCCUACCUCGUGCUGCCUGUGCUGCUCGUGCUCUCGCAGUACGCGUCGAUGGAGCUGCUCACGCCCAAGUCGGACGACCCGGCCCAGGCGCAGUCGCAGGCCAUCCUCAAGUUUUUGCCCCUGAUGAUCGGCUGGUUCUCGCUCAACGUCCCGUCGGGGCUCGGCCUCUACUGGCUCACCAACAACAUCGUCACCACCGCCUCGACUCUCGCCAUCCGCGCGAUGGCGCCAAAGGUGGAGAUCAAGGUGGCGGGCGGCAGCGGCGGCGCGGCGGCGACGAUGGAGCCGACCGCGACCAAGGGCUUUGGCGGCCGGCGCUUUGGCGAGGUGAUCGAGAGCGAGGGGGAGGGCGGAGCCAAGAUCAAGAUCAAGCCGCCCGGGGCGGCUGCUGUGGUCGAGGCGACGGUCGCAGAGUCUGUGACCGAGGCGACGGCGGUCGAGGCGACUCCCGUCGUGGACGCUGCUGUGUCGGAGGCGCCGAGGAAGACGACCAAGAAGAAGAAGAAGAAGAAGCGCAACUGAUGUGCGGGAUGGCACACGGCGGGCGUCGCCACCCCUACCUCGGCGACCGCAGCUCACACCUCCGUAUCGGGACACGGCAGCAGGCCUCUCUGCGCGCCGCAGUGUACGUGUGCAGCGAAGGUGUGCGGUCCCUGUCGGGCUGCGCGCGCUCUCUCUCUGCUGCUGGGCCGGCGGGUGGGAGUUUGACGGGAGUGCUGGCAUGUUCUCCAUGACGUGGGGUGUCGGCGGCGGCACAUGAGCACACGCUCGCUCGUUGUGUACGGGCGCGGUCUGUCUCUGUGGGCGCCCAGGGCGCCAUAUCCUUCUAGCAGCUUGACGAUAGACAUCGGACUCACUCA